AUGUAAUAGAAGUAGGAUAUUGAUUGUAGAACGUGAUGGUGACAAGCCACGCGUAAACCUAUGUUUCCUGUAAGAUAGACAAAAUUCUUGUAUUAUUAAGUAAUUCUUAUAUUAUUAAAUCAUAAGACACGCAAAGUAAACGUAAAAACCACAAAUAGCACGUCACUACAAGCAAUAUGUUAUAGGCUACUUCCAAUUCACUUGAUGUUAAUUAGGUCUAAUUAACCCUUUAUUCAGCAUAGACUAUAGGCUACUUUUUAAUUGGCUACCCUGUCAUUGUUGCAGUUGUCUUGUGUAUCAUAGGAGGAUGUACUUCAAAAUGAAAGCUGACUGGGUUAUGGUCUUCUUCGCUAGAUUCACAUUCUGGAGGCUCUUCAGAGUGGCCUAUUCCUGGGUUACAUUAUCUUAUAGGCCUUUGCUAUUUGGAGUACCUCCAGGGGUAUACCAAAUGGACCUAGGUGUACCCCAUAGUCUAAUUAUUAUAAUUGUAAAGCCAAUGCUUAAUUUGAAUAUAGCCUAGAAUAGAUUAUAAUAUUGUAACCUAUCAUGCAGCCGAGAUUUUUAAGUGUGUCGUGCAGGGUGUAUGCGAAAGUCUUGGGGAACAUGAAUAUGAAAACUCUGAAUCACUGAUUAUUGACUACUAUAAUAAUCACUUUUUUUUCAACUACGUUGUAACAGGGCUGAACAAACAGGCUACCUAUGGCAAAUAUCCUAUAUUCUCAUGAUCUUGUAUUGGGAUUCAGUGCUUCUCGGUUGAAUGUGACAAAGAUCAAAGGGUCAAGACCAAACUGAUAGAGAGUGCUGUGAUGCAAUGACAACACUUUCCCAUGUCAUUAUUUAACCCUAAUGGGUGUGCAAACACUUUUCAAUGAGGUUGGAGAGCACCCUUUAACAUGGGUGAGCUAUUUUUAAUUUUUUCCCCACGGGCCCUAUUUGAAUACAGACAUGGUAAAUAACCUGAUACCAAUAGGCCACUAUAGCCUGUAACUCUUUAAUUCAUGUGUUGGCCUACUUUUUAUGUGCAACAUUUAAAAAAUAUUACUUUUACUUUUUGCCCUCGUAGGUUGGAACAUGGAUGAGCAUAUGCCUACUUUUUCCCAGCCUACUCAGCCAACCUCUUUAUACCAGAAAAAUGGAAUGGAGACCAGGCAAACUUUAGGCCAACGGCACACUGGUUUCUAGCUAUGGCAAUUGUCCUCCGUGGGCAUAGCAAUUAGGCAAUUCAAUUGAAAAUAUUAUAGCAUUAUCUCUUGAAUGGGAGCCUCAAUGGGUCCUCACAAAGUCUUUGAAAUCAGGAAGGACCUGUUUGCCUGAAACCCAUGAGGUCUUAACCUGUGGAGAUGUGUAAAACUGAGCCUUCCCUUUCCCUAGGCCUAUCUCUCAGCCCCAUUCCCAUGCUUGCAUGUUGCAAGAUAACUCAAAGCCUGUAAUUAAGUAGUAAAUUAGAAUUGUUAAAUGGUUAAUGUCCCGAGACCAAUGUGUCAUAUUUUUGAACUGUCAAGGAAGGUCUGCGUGCUGCACUAAACACAACCAACAAGGCCAAAAAGUCCACAGUUUUAGGCCACACCUGUUUAAACAGGCCUUGUACGUUAACUGCGGCCCUCCCCCAGUCUUGGUUGUUUUGAAACCGGAGUGGUGAGUCACCGCUCUGUCGGUAGAAAAACACUCGGCUGUGGAGUCGGGGGGAGGGGGGUCUGGGUGCACCGGAGGUGGACGCAGCUGGACACCCAGUGAAGCUCCUACAUCCUGAACACUUUCCGCAUGAAGAAGACUCAAAACAGGGGAAUCAAAUGUGCCCAAGCAUAUGUGCGUAAAAUCAACAGGUCAUGCCAUGCUUUCCAAACAGCCUUAAAGAUGCUUUAAGUGAGGGUUUCAGGUCCCAAUAUUAAAAUGAAAUUGUAUUAUCUGUGGUGUACACCGAGGCAUUAACCUAUAACCUUGGCUAUGAGUUUCAAUUAUUAUUCCUAAACAAUAAAAAUGUCUGUAAAAUACAUGCAGUCUAUUUCAUCUGUCACUAAACAUUUCAGGGCAACUGCAGUUCUUUUGGAGCCUCCCGCCCGCCCCCACUCCUGCUGAGCACGUUUCCAUAUGAAAGGUUUCCCCCCAAGCGACGCCAUGCAGCCUCAUGUGCAACCAACAGACUGGACUCCUCCCGGAGUUUAAAGGGUGGUGGGGCUGACCCAUGGAUCUAGAGCUAACCCGACAAACCACUCAAGCAGCGACGCUUGGCCUACAUUAAACUGUUACCGGUUUUUUUCACUGCCACUAGAUGGCAGUGUCGCAUUUAGGGUAGCAUUAAUCACACCGCAAGUUGCCUAAAAAAAAUGUUGCAACCAACAUAAAAAUAUGAGAUUUAUUUGACUGAUGCGUCUCAAUACAAUCAGACAAAAUCUUGUGUGUAGGUUUGCAAUACUGAUAAAGUUGUUUUGAAUAAUCUCACAUUGUAAAGAUGGCGUCGGAUAUGGCUAAGCACGGAGCCGCUCCGCUGUCUGCUAAAGUGGUCGGGUCAUUUGCUUAUCUGACUGUAAAGGAUAGAAUGCCCACUAUCCUCACCAAAGUAAUAGACACGAUUCACCGCAACAAGAAUAAGUUUUUUGAGGAAUAUGGAGAGGAUGGAUUCGAAGCAGAAAAGAAAGCAAUAUCAUUCUUGUCCAAACUAAGGAAUGAAGUUCAAACUGACAAACCUAUACUAGAGCUCACAGAUGGGCUAAGAGAUGUGGACGCAUGGAACCAGUACCUGCAGAGACAUCAGACUGUGCAGGGGGGUAAGGAGUCUGUGAGCUGGUUCAAGUCUCCCUGGCUUUAUGUGGAAUGCUACAUGUAUCGAAGAAUACAAGAGGCUGUUUGGCUCAAUCCUCCCAUAAACGAGUUUGAUGUUUUUAAUGAAGGAAAAACUCAGAGCUACUUUGAGUCUCAGAGAGCUAUCAUGGCUCUAUGUACGUAUCUGGAAACACUUAAAAAGGAUAAAGAUGGACUUUCGAAAAAUCAAUUAUUUGAUAAUUUCAUCAAGUUACUGCAGGUGUCUCUCUGGGGGAACAAGUGUGAUCUUUCAAUUUCUGCAGGCCAAGAGAACUCCCAAAAAGACAGUCCUAUUGAAGCCCUCCCCAAUCUGAAACCCUUCAUCUUGGUGGAUGAUUCGGAUAUGGUAUGGGUGGCUCUUACCUCCUCCAAAAGCACUGCAGUUUCUGGAAAAAGAGUUGACAUUGUUCUUGACAACGCUGGUUUUGAAUUAGUUACUGACCUGGUGCUAGCUGAUUUCCUGGUCUCAUUUAGUUUGGCCAGUGAGAUCCACUUUCAUGGAAAAUCCUUUCCGUGGUUUGUUUCUGAUGUCACUGCUAAAGACUUUGAGUGGACCAUCAGACAGACCUUGGCAUCCAAUCACAUGUGGAUGUCUAAAAGUGCCAUUCAGUGGAAGCAGUACCUGGAGGAUGGAGUGUGGUCCUAUCAUGACCAUCCAUUCUGGACACAGCCUCAUGAGUUCUGUGACAUGGCGGUAGAUGCUCCAGACUUGUAUGCAAAACUGAAAGGAGCAGAUCUUGUGUUGUUUAAAGGGGAUUUAAACUACAGGAAGCUAACUGGAGACAGAGACUGGAACUUCACUGUCAGCUUUGAUACUGCGCUCCGAGGGUUUGAACCCUCACCUCUCUGCAGCCUGAGAACUCUAAAAGCCAAUGUGCAAGUGGGCCUGCAGCCAGGACAAGGGGAGAAGCUCAGCUCUCAAGAACCAAACUGGAUGACCAGUGGCAAGUACGCUGUCAUUCAGUUUCAUGGGCCACAUUUAGAACAGUGAGAAAAUGCUGCCUUUUGCAUAUACAACGGCAGUUGAUUGCGUUAGAGCAAGUAUUAUCUGUAAGCCAUAAAACCUUGAAAACUCUGAUAAUCUCAAUUAUUGUUAUAAGGAAAUUUUAAAAUAAAAUUUAUACUGUAUACAUCUUA